AAUGCAACCGAAUAUUACCAAACCGCGCAUCAAACUGAGAAAGUUAGAUUGAAACCGGAAAAACUAGCUAUAGCUAUUUUGUUGCUUGUACCCCAUAAAUUUUUAGGGCCGGCUCUUACUAUAUCGUCCAUCGAAGUUAAAUACAGGACUUUUGGUAACCAAGCUGAUAUGUAUUUCUACAUGACCUUGAAAAUAUCAAGAGAAAUGUAACUAGUUGAUGAUCUUUUUGUUAAUGUACAUAGUCCUCAACACAUCUUUGCUUCUUCACAGUUUAGCUAACAUAUUCACAACACCAUUGCCUCAAAAUUUUAUUCAGUUCGGGUCAAGUAAUCUAGAGGGCCUAAUAGCAAACUAAGCCUACAAGCCCAAAUUCUAAACAUUCACACGACAACCCAAAUUUUUAAAGCACCUCUAGGGACCUGUUUAAUAAAUAAAUAAUUAAAACAUUUCCCUGUAAGAAGGGAAAUAUUACUUUUUAACCCCUCUUUAAACAGAAGUACAGAACACACAUCUUCCCUCUCCUGCCUGAGUCCUUCCUUCCCCCAAAAAACCUGGACAACCAUUGCAGUUUCCAAUUUCCUCUUUAACCUUUUUCAAAGUUUCGUUUUUUCGUAAUCUCUUUCUUCUUCGGCGAAUUCGUAUUCCACUUCUUUCUCAAAUGAGUUCUAGAGACAGAGGAUCACCUCCUUCUUCGUCUUCGUCUUCUUUGAUACCAGGAGGAAUAGAUCAGUAUAACGAAAAGGUGAAGAAUCAGAUACAAGCACUUGUUCGUGUUAUUAAAUAUGCUCGUACCUGUAAAGAAGACAAUGUCCCAUCUCUUAUUGAAGAGGGUCUUUAUCUUGGAUCCGUUGCAGCAGCUUGUAACAAGAAUGUUUUGAAAGAUUACAAUGUCACACAUAUCUUGACUAUUGCUAGUUCUUUGAAACCAGCUCACCCUGAUGACUUUGUUUACAAGGUUGUUCGAGUUGUGGAUAAGGAAGAUACAAAUUUGGGAGUAUACUUUGAUGAGUGUGUUGAUUUCAUUGAUGAAGCCAAGAGACAAGGCGGUAGUGUUCUUGUUCAUUGCUUUGUUGGCAAAUCACGGAGUGUCACUAUAGUUGUUGCAUACCUAAUGAAGAAACACGGAAUGACAUUAGAUCAAGCAUUGCAACACGUUAAAAGCAAAAGACCAGUGGCAAGUCCUAAUGCCGGUUUCAUCAGACAGUUACAAGACCUAGAGAAGUCUAUGCAAGGGAAGCAAGAACGGAUUGCUCAAUGUCAAGCAUGAAGACCUAUCGUACCUUUGGAAGGAAUCUUGUAAAAAUCUCACACGGAAGCACCAUCAUAUGUUUUGUUGUGUUUUCUCCUUGUUUAUAUGUAUGUAUGUAGUAACACUAGUUUCAAAUUUUUCAAUGUAUCAUGAAUGUAAAAAGUGAACUCAAAAUUAAUAAGAGAAGAAUAAAAAUCUUUUGCAAA